AUGUCGGGGCGCUCGCCGCGGCCGGGAGAGGAGAGCGCGAGGCAGCGCCACAAGGAGGAGCUGAGCCGGAGGAUUAAAGAGCAGAAAAUUGUAGUUGAUGAGCUUUCUAAUUUAAAGAAGAACCGGAAAGUUUAUAGGCAGCAACCCAAUAGCUACAUAUUCUUCCUUGCAGAUCGAACAGAAACACUAUCUCAAUGCAAAAAUACAUUAGAUGAAUUGAAGAAGGCACAUCAAGAGUUAGAAAAUUCAGAGAAGACCAAAAUCAGGAAAUAAUCCAUUGGAAUUCAGAGAAAAAAAAUCAGAAAACAAAAUCAAGAAGUAGUUCACUUG